AUUCCGAAUCAUAUCUCAAACAAACACUUCCCUCCAUCUAGUAAUUAUUUCCUAAUAAUUAAGCAAAUUACAAUCUUGUUCAUUAUGAAAUCCUCACUUCCCAAUAUUGCAUUUGCCCUAGUACUACUAAUAAUAACCUUAUUUCUUGUUCACUGCCAAGCACAAAACUCCCCUAAGGACUACGUGGCGGCACACAACGCCGCCCGAGCAGCGGUAGGGGUGGGCCCCUUAGCAUGGAGCACCACCGUAGCAGCCUACGCACAACAAUACGCCAACCAAAGGGUAGACUGCCAAUUGGUGCACUCAUCAGAUUCAACUUACGGCGAGAACAUAGCAGAAGGUUACGGGUCUUAUGGCGCCGCGCUAAGUGGUGUUGAAGCUGUGAAGUUGUGGAUUAGUGAGAAAUCAAGUUAUGAUCAUCGUUCAAAUAGUUGCAUAAAUGGAGAGUGCUUGCAUUAUACUCAAGUUGUGUGGAGAGAAUCCGUGCGUUUGGGUUGUGCGAGAGUUGUUUGCCAAAAUGGUGGGGCGUUCGUCACUUGUAACUAUGAUCCUCCGGGUAAUUACAUUGGAGAGCUUCCUUACUAAACAAAAAUGCAACCAUAUAUUCAUGUAUCUUGCUCUAAGUACAUCCUGUUAUAACGCGGAAUAGUAAUGGUUAGGAUUGUAAUAGUUAUGUAUUUUAUCUAAAUAUAUGAUACACAUAUAUAUUUUACUAUUGUA